CGGCAUCAUCGUUGCCAUUUGUCUUGCUCCCUACCUUUUCUCACUCGCUGUGAAUCCUCUUAGAGGUGGAUUAUUGGACUAAGAUGUCCACACAGAGAAGGAAAGAGAUACAGAGUGAGAGAAAGCCACAGGAGGAGAUAAAGAUCUAGGAGAAUAAGAAAAUGGAGAGAACCCCUUGGCUCAUGGCGAGCCAGAAUUGGGGUAGAAGAUGGUGUGUUGCUGGGGUAGAGCCAGCAGAGCCUCACAUGGUGAAGCACAUGCUCCUGUGUCCCACGCCCGCCCUCACUGACAAGGCAGGGACAGACUAACCCCAUGACAGCAAUGGCUUUCCUGACCUCAACUCACCCCACCAGCUGGAACGUGUGCUCUGCUCUCUAUAUCUUCAUCUUGUUGCUCCCAGAGGCUAAAGCAGCCACUCUGGAUGAUUCCACACCACAAAACGGUGGAGGCUCACAAUGUGGGGAGUACUCGAACCAGCUGAUGGAGAAUGGGAUGUGUCGGCUUGUCGCCACUCUGCCUCAGCUGGAUGAAAGGAGAUGCCCGGACAUGUUUCGCUGCACGGAUGAGGUUUCCUAUUGGCUGCAUGAGAAUGAGGAGAGAAAAGAUCAGAUUGUGGCGCUGAAGGAAACCAUCUCUGAGCUGCAGGAGGAGCUGAGGAAUCACCGACACCGCAUCAAAGUACUCGAGAUGCAGAGUGAAGAGAAAAUCCACCUAAACAUCUCACUGGAGCAGCGUUUCCAUGAGCUGGAGGUCCACUAUGCUGAGGCCACCUCCCUGCUGCAUCUGCAGGGGACUCUGAUCCUUGACCUGCAGAAUCAACUGCACAAUCUGACACUCCUUGUGGAUACAGUGAAAAGAAGCCCUGGCUGUUCGAUCAACACAGUCCGCCCCAAUCCUCUUCUAAAUACUCAGGAAUCUAUGCACCCAGAUACCCACUAUGUUGGUAACUGUCCCAUUGACUGUGCUUCUAUCUACUACAAUGGAAUAAGGAGGUCAGGCCUCUACACUGUGGUGCCAGCACAAGCAGGCUUGCCUGUCGAGGUUUACUGUGAUAUGGACACAGAUGGUGGUGGCUGGACUGUGAUCCAGCGCCGAGUCGACGGCUCUGUGAGCUUUGACCGCAGCUGGAGAGAUUACAGGGAUGGAUUUGGUGACUUGCACUCAGAGUUCUGGCUGGGUAACAACCACAUACAUGACCUGAGUAUCCAGGGAGACUACAGCCUCCGUAUCGACCUGGAGGAUUGGAGCAUCCAGCACAAGCAUGCCCUCUACCAGAGCUUCAGGUUGGUUUUUGUCCGUGAAAGCAGCCGACAAACGCUGCAGACCUCCAGUCUCUCAUGUUUGCUCCAUAACCGUUCAUGCGUAUGCAGUGUGGAGGAUGAGGAGCAUCAGUACCGGCUUCACGUGUCCGGCUUCAGUGGAACUGUGCAGGACUCCUUCAGCUGGUACCAUGACAAGCAGGGCUUCAGUACACCAGACAGUGGCAACAUCUGUGCCGAGAUCUCACACGGUGGCUGGUGGUACAAUCAGUGUUUCUAUGCCAACCUUAAUGGAGUCUACUACAGGGGAGGUCAUUACACACCAAAAGGGCGAGGCCCGUUGGGUCCCGAUGGAAUCGUUUGGUACUCCUGGAAAGACUCGGACUAUUACUCCAUGCGCAAAGUCAGCAUGAUGAUCCGACCACGCAAUUUCCAAAGCCGUCUGUCACCGUGAGCUCGUGUCAACACGUCAGCCGGGUGGACACGGGCCGUAGCAUCCCCUACAGCUGUGAGGACGACACCGUGCGGAAACACAAGCGUCAUGGUGCUGCUGAUCAAAAGCAAAAAUCGUUUGUCGGUCUGUGGCAUUUUUUUUUUUUUAAAACAAUGCACAUCUGCAAAUGGAUUCAUGAUCAGGAAUAUAUUUUUGAAGACUCAAACAAGGUUUUUCUUUUCCUCAAUCAGGGGAAGUCAAUGCUUCAUUUUAUACUCCACUUUUGUACGUUAGGUUGAUAUUUCAUCACUUUUUGCAGUCCGGCCAAGAGCAGGUACUUUCAAGAAGUUCCGAGAGAGUAAAGUUGUUCAGUUUGUGUGAGCUCCAAAGAGAAGGUUCCUGCCCCUGCAGAGCACCUCGGACUCUUGUGAAUACAUGGCUCAUGUGUUAAUGCAUUUUUAUGAAUACUCUUUCAUCAGUUAAAUUUUUUCUGAAGUUUAUUGAGUAAUUAAUUAAACUAAGUGUGUAAGAAUAAAAGAGGGUUGCAGAAAGUGUUUUAAGACUAUUAAAAAGCAUUGAAAUUGGGAAACAUGCUCUGGUCUUAAUUCAGU